AUGAAGAGGGAAGUUUACCUCUGGGAUACUCCUCCGCCUCGGGAUUGGAGUCUGCUGAUGCCAGAAUACGAACUGGCAACCGAGGACACGUUCCGAUUUGACAGUAACUGGAGUACGCCGGAGUUGACGACUGGACGUGACGGGUCCCAUCGGGAUAGAAACGAAUCGGUCGGCUCAACGCCCGUAGGAACGCCGCGGGCCCAAUCAGUGGACGUCCAAUCGGUUGAUAGAUCCCUUGUGAUCGUUCUUCCGGGAACGAUGGAGGAAGCGGAGCCACCGGACGAAUUGAUGGACGUUCGGGAUGAGGGUGAGGACGAGGACGAAGGCGAGGACGAUGUCUUGGUUCCUUCCAUCCCCGUUGACAGAAGAAGAUCAAGGGCUCCCAGCCCUCCAUCUCUUCCUCCGUCACACUCCGUCUCAAGACUUUCAACUCCCUAG